AUGCCCAAGCGCACCAUGGGAGGGAGGGCCGACACCGGGGCCGGCGCCCUUGUGGCUCCUCCACCGGAGCUUGUGGCUCCUCCGCCGGAGCAGGUGACUCCUCUGCCACGCCAUCUGCCUCCUCUGCCACGCCAUCUUCCUCCUCUGCCGCAGCCCGUGGUCAACAUCGACGGCGACGAUGAUGAAGAAGAGGUAGCUGCUCUGGCUCCUCAGACGGAGCAGGUGUCUCCUCUGCCACGGGUGACGCCUCCUGUGCCCAAGCCUAUGGUCGUCAGCGAUGUCAACAAAGAAGACAUUAAGUCGGGUGUUUAUCUGCCGCGGUUGUUGCCUCCCCUGCCCCCACCUGUGGUCGUUGCCGACGACAACAAAGAAGAGGUUUUCCCUGGUCAGUACAAGGCAAAUAAGGUCCUAAGUGACGACGUUGAUAGUGACCCAGAAACCCAGAGGAUCUUCAGGAGGCAGAAGUUGAGGCAGCUGGACAAUGGUGAGCUCGAGAAAGCUGUGAGGCCUAGAUUCGGAAAGGGCUACAGAUGUCCUUACUGCAACAAGGUGAUGAAAGGCGACCUGUCGAGUACCAUCAACCAUGCAGUCGGAACAUCCCAAGGCAGCACCAAGAAUGGCUACGCUUUCAGGGUGAAGCACACCACGUAUGCCGAUUACUUGAUGAGGCUUCUUUGA